AUGAGUAUGAUAUGUUCAACAUGCUUUCAUGUUUUCCUUCUCUUUGCUGCUACACUAACACUACUAUGUCUCCAACAUAAGAAUACUGCUAGUGCCUUAGGAAAUGACACAGACAAAUUGUCAUUACUAAGAUUCAAAGAAACAAUAGUAGAGGACCCUUUUGAUAUCUUGAAAUCUUGGAACACUUCAACUUACUUUUGCAAUUGGCAUGGAGUCACGUGCAGUCUCAAGCAUCAAAGAGUCACUUCUUUGAACCUACAAGGGUAUGCCUUACUUGGAUUCAUACCACCUGAAAUUGGAAACCUCACCUUCCUGAGACAUGUUAACCUUCAAAACAACAGCUUCUAUGGCGAAAUUCCACAAGAAAUUGGCCAUUUGUUCAGGCUGCAGGAGCUGUAUCUGACCAACAACACAUUAAAGGGUCAAAUUCCAACAAACUUGUCUAGUUGUUCAAACCUCAAGAGAUUGAGUUUAACAGGAAACAAACUAGUUGGAAAGAUACCGAAGGAGCUUGGCUAUCUAACUAAGCUAGAAAUUCUAUCUAUUGGCAUGAACAAUUUGAGAGGUGAAAUUCCUGCAUCUAUAGGAAAUCUUUCGUCUCUUAGAGUUCUCACUUUAGGAAUCAAUAAUUUGGAGAGAAACGUACCUGAAGAGAUAGGCUAUCUGAAAAGCUUGACACAUAUCUCUAUUGCAUCCAACAAACUAUAUGGUAUGCUUCCUCUUACAUUAUUUAAUAUGUCAUCUCUAACUUUCUUCUCAGCAGGUGUCAACCAAUUUAAUGGAACUUUACCUGCCAAUAUGUUUCUCACACUCCCUAAUCUCCAACAAUUUGGCAUUGGUAUGAAUAAGAUCUCCGGCCCUAUCCCGAUUUCGAUAUCGAAUGCGACACAAUUGAUGUUAUUUAACAUCCCUAGGAAUAACUUUGUGGGACAAGUUCCAACUGGAAUAGGAAACCUCAAAAACAUCUGGUCCAUUGCUAUGGAAUAUAAUCAUCUAGGGAGUAAUUCAUCCAAGGAUUUGGAUUUCUUGACAUCUUUGACAAAUUGCACAAAUUUACAAGUGUUGGAUUUGAAUCUAAACAACUUUGGUGGUUCUUUACCAAACUCUGUAGCUAACUUUUCAGGUCAAUUAAAUCAGUUUUACAUCGGUGGAAAUCAGAUUAUCGGUACUAUUCCUUCAGGAUUAGGAAAUCUCAUCAACUUGAUUGGCCUUGACUUGGAGUUCAACCUUCUCACAGGCUCCAUUCCAACUUCUUUUGGAAAUUUCGAAAAGAUACAAUCAUUGACAUUGAAUGUAAACAAACUUUCAGGAAAGAUUCCAUCAUCAAUUGGCAACCUUACUCAGUUAUUUCAACUUGACCUGUCAAACAAUAUGCUAGAAGGAGGCAUUCCUCCUAGUAUUGGAAAUUGCCAAAUGUUACAAUACUUGGGCCUAUCAAAUAACCACCUUAGUGGAACCAUUCCUUGGCAAGUCAUUGGUCUUCCCUCUUUGUCAUUGUUACUCAACUUAUCCCAUAAUUCAUUCAGUGGAAGCCUACCCUUUGAAAUUGCCAACCUGAAAAGCAUCAAUAAGUUGGAUGCUUCUAAAAACUUUCUGUCUGGUGAAAUUCCUGCAAUAAUCGGACAGUGCAUAAGUUUGGAAUAUCUUAACUUACAAGGGAAUUUUUUCCAAGGAGCCAUGCCUUCAUCUUUGGCUUCAUUGAAAGGUCUUCAACAUUUAGAUUUAUCGCUGAACAACUUGUCAGGGUCAAUUCCAAAAGGUCUAGACAGUCUUCCUGUUUUACAGUACUUGAACAUUUCUUUUAACAGGUUAGAUGGUGAAGUACCAACAGAAGGUGUGUUUAGAAAUGAAAGUGCAAUAUCUGUGAAAAACAAUAGUGACCUUUGUGGUGGUAUUACAGGGUUACAUCUACAACCAUGUGUUGUCAAAGAUAAGGCACAAAAAGACCAAAAGGAUUGGAAGAUAAUAGUAAUAGCAAUUUGUGUGGGUGUUUUUCUUCUUUUGUCAUCUUUCUCUAUUGCAAUCUUUUGGAAUAAAAAAACACACUUGAGAGCUUCCAAUUUUCCAUCAACAAUAGAUCACCUUCCAAAGGUCUCAUACAAAACACUUUAUCAAGCAACAGGUGGAUUCUCUUCCAACAACUUGAUAGGAUCUGGUGGUUUUGGAGUUGUAUAUAAAGGAUUUCUUGAGUCAGAAGAAAGAGUUGUUGCUAUAAAGGUCUUGAACCUUCGAGUCAAGGGAGCGCACAAGAGUUUCAUCGCUGAAUGUAAUGCACUCAAAAGUAUCCGUCAUAGGAAUCUUGUCAAGAUUCUAACAUGUUGCUCAAGUAUGGAUUACAGUGGUAAUGAAUUCAAAGCUUUAGUUUUUGAAUACAUGGAACAUGGAAGCUUGGAUAAAAGGCUGCUUCCCGGCUCUGAAAUCGGAGAUCAACCAAAUUUGAACCUUCUUCAAAGAUUAAAUAUUCUCAUAGAUGUUGCUUCUGCAGUACACUAUCUACACUACGAAUCUGAGCAGCCAAUCAUUCACUGCGAUUUAAAGCCAAGCAAUAUCCUUCUUGAUAAUGACAUGGUUGCCCAUGUGAGUGAUUUUGGACAAGCAAGACUUCUAUUUGCCAUCAAUGGUAUCUCUGAUCUACAAACUAGCACAAUUGGAUUCAACGGAACAAUUGGAUAUGCCCCUCCAGAGUAUGGAAUUGGAUGUCAAGUUUCAGCCGAGGGUGAUGUGUAUAGCUUCGGAAUCUUUUUACUGGAAAUACUAACAGGAAGAAAGCCAACAGAUGAAAUGUUUACCAAUGGUAUGAAUCUGUACUCUUUUGUCGAGGUUUCACUGCCAGAUAAAGUGCUAGAUAUUGUAGACUCAACUCUACUCCCAAGAGAAUUGAAACAAACAACUGUAUCAACAACAAGAGAUCAAAACCUAAGCCACUUGCAUCCUAAUGAUUUGAAGAAGUGCUUACAUGAACUUUUUCACAUUGGACUUGCUUGUUCAGUGGUGUCACCGAGAGAGCGAAUAAAUAUGAAAAAUGUCACCAAGGAGCUAGAUGUAAUUAAAAUUGCUCUUUCUAGGAAGUAG